UGGACCGCAUGAUCAUUUAUUUCUUUAUUUUCUCUAAGCAUUCACCAGCUUAUUUGCCUCGUUUCAUUUCAUUUACGCCUUUUUGCUCUUAGAAUAACUUUUGCUUCGGGGGGAGGAAGUGACUCAGUUUGCAACGCCCAUCUUCGCAGCAAACCGUCACGUGUAACCCUCUUUCUGCUCUGUUGCAGAAAAGAGUUGCGCUUAAAAUCUGUGGAAUUUUUUUCUGGCUUUGAGCCUCAGCUAGCAUUUAGAAAAAAGUUGCCAUUCCUUGAAUUUGAUACAUGCUCAAAGCAAAUCACCCAGUCUGUCUGGUUCAGAGACACUGGAGAGCAAGACGUUCAUGGACAUGCCUUCAAGUUCGCCUCAAAGUCUCUGUAGCGACGGACCGAGAAGCCGUAGAAACCUUCAACCCUGUAAAUGUACAGUUGCUGUCGUCGGCACUACAUAAGCAAAUUUUUCCAAAGAAUUCGAAAGAACCAUGCGAUAUAGCCACGCGACAAGAGUAUGCUCGUCAACACCUAGAGUUGCAGCAUAUUUGGGGAAAGUCGACCGACAAGAUUCCGGAUAUUUCAUUUCAAUUGCCAAAACUCACCGGCCGUGACUUAGAAGAACAUUUCUUGCGCAUUGGAAUUGAACAAUCUGGCUCGUAUAUGCAAAAGGCGAAGGAGAUUGCCGUCACUGACUUACCACAACAGCCAAAGGAAUGGAGCCGGCAGAGUGGAUGGACACGAUAUGAUCCAAAAAGUGGAAAGAAGGAGAAAGUCGAUCAUCCACUCGAAAACAUAUUGACCUUUGAUGUCGAAACGGCUGUAGCAGUGGGUCCACAGCCUAUCAUGGCUACUGCGGCAUCACCCCAAGCUUGGUAUUCCUGGGUAUCACCUUAUUUGUUCGGAGAAAGCGACCAUCCCAAUCACCUUAUACCAUUUGGAAAAACAGGCAAUGAGCGAAUUGUUAUCGGACAUAACGUUGGGUUUGAUCGAGCCCGUAUUUUGGAAGAGUACAACACCUCAUCUUCCAAACUCGGAUUUUUAGACACCAUGAGUAUGCAUAUUGCGGUUUCAGGAUUGUGCUCACAGCAGCGACCAGCAUGGAUGUCGGAAAUCAAACGUCGAAAUAUCGGCAAAGUGUCGACAUCUUCGAAUUCGGAUACGCAUUCGGUGAUGGAUAGCGUAUCACAAAAUAUGGACGUAGGAAGCAAUUCCUUUUUUGAUGUCAGUGCGUUAAACAGUCUCAAAGAUGUGGUGAAAUUUCAUUGCAAUAUGGACAUGGACAAGUCAUCUCGCAAUAUUCUGGUGGACGGCCAACUGGAAGAUGUCCAACAAAAUUUCGAGGAACUGAUACGAUACUGUGCUACCGAUGUCGAUAUGACCCACCGUGUCUACAAAGCCUUGUGGCCCAAGUUCCAUGAAAACUGUCCUCACCCUGUCUCGUUCGCUGGAAUGCUGCAGAUGGGAAAUUCAAUUUUGACUGUGAAUGAACAUUGGGAAGAAUACCUGGCCAAUUCUGUUGCCAAACACAAGGAGUUGGAAGAUAUGCUGGACGUGAAACUUCAGGAAUUGGCAGAAAACGCUCGAGCUUUGGUGGGAAAGGACGAAGAAUGGCGAAAGGACCCUUGGCUAAGCCAGCUGGAUUGGUUUGUUAACCCAAGGCAACGUAAACUCAAAGGACAGCCCAAGUGGUAUAAAGACGCUUACGAUACCAAGGCAGACAAGCUCAAGAUUUCCACUCGGUCAAGAAUAGCACCACUGUUACUACGACUGAAAUGGCAAGACCACCCAAUUCACUAUCUCACCGAGCAUGGUUGGUGCUUUAAGAUUCCCAUUGCCAGAGCCGAUGAAGCGGGUAAUACCAAAAUUGUUUCUAUGGAUGAAGACUAUUUCUAUUACAAGAUACCUCACAAGGAUGGAGAAACAGCCAAUUGUGGCAAUCCCAUCGCCAAGAAUUAUUUGCAUUUUUUCGAAGAAGGUGUGCUCUCUUCGGAAUACGAUGCAGCACGCGAGGCACUCGAACUAAAUGCCAAAUCAGCCUACUGGAUCAGUUCUCGAGAGCGCAUAUUGGGCCAAUACGUUGUCUGGGAUGACGACGUUAAGGACAUGGGUCUUACCAAACGACCUGGUCAUGGCAAGAAUGGAAUCAUCUUACCUCAGAUGGUCACGAUGGGGACUGUCACACGACGAGCGGUGGAAAAGACUUGGCUCACUGCUAGUAAUGCCAAGGCCAAUCGAAUUGGUUCCGAGCUCAAGUCCAUGGUACAAGCUCCUCCAGGAUAUAAGAUUGUCGGUGCAGAUGUAGACUCCGAGGAACUGUGGAUAUCCAGUAUCAUUGGCGAUGCUCAAUUUGGAUUUCAUGGUGCAACCGCUUUGGGAUGGAUGACUCUGCAGGGAUCCAAAUCAGAAGGUACAGAUCUGCAUUCUAAAACGGCGCAGAUCUUGGGUAUCAGUCGAAAUAAAGCCAAGGUGUUCAACUAUGCUCGUAUCUAUGGCGCAGGCGCAAAAUAUGCCACUAGCCUCCUCAUGCAGUACAACCAAGACUUGGAUUUGGACGAAGCCAAACAAAAGGCGGCGGAGCUUUACUUGAGCACCAAAGGUGAAAAGGAAAGGUCCGUUCGAAAUCAAUUCAAACGAGCCUUUUGGCAUGGAGGCACGGAAAGCUACAUGUUCAAUGCGCUUGAAGAUAUCGCCUUAUGCAAGGAGCCCCGAACACCCAUCCUUGGCUGUGCCAUCACGGAUGCCUUAAAACCCAAAUAUGCUGGAACCCAAUUCCUGACAUCUCGUAUCAAUUGGGUCGUCCAAAGUUCGGCUGUCGACUAUCUCCAUAUGAUGAUUGUUUCCAUGUCUCAUUUGAUUGAUCGAUAUAACAUUGAUGCUCGCUUCAUGCUUUCGGUCCAUGACGAAGUACGGUAUCUCUCAAGUGAAAAAGAUCAGCAUCGUACUGCACUUGCCCUGCAAAUUGCCAACCUAUGGACUCGCGCUCUGUUUAGUUACAAACUUGGCAUUCCCAAUUUACCGCAAGCCGUUGCCUUCUUUUCAGCUGUGGACAUUGACCACGUUUUACGCAAAGAGCCCAAUAUGCAUUGCUUGACCCCAUCCAAUCCUAAUAAGAUAGAAGAAGGGAAAAGUUAUUCCGUUUAUGAAACGGUUGCUGAACUUGAAGAGCAAGCUAAAGUGAAUGGAUCCAAGCACCUUCUCGACAAUGAGAGACGAACCCUUGCCAGUCAACUACCUGAUACUGACAUUAUUCGACAGCUGGAGGAGCUCAAUCAGCUCCUACCGGAAAGUCGGAUGUGUGAACUAGACUAUCUCCAUGCCCAAAUGUUCCGAGAAUUUAAGCCAAACAAGAACCCAACCAAGCGUGGUGGUCGUGCCACGGAGGUCAAGGUUUCCAAGAAAUCCGCUGUCAAAAAGAUCGCUCAAGAAGAAGUUGAUGAAGCUGAAACCGACGAGUCUAUCACCGUGGGUAGCAAAGAUGACGAUCGUCUGCUGUACCUCAAAUACGAAGACGGGACCAUGCCUAGAUCCAGCGUUCGAGUGAUUCAAUCUAAAGUGCCGACAUUUAAACGAUCUAACGAAGACUCGUCUAGUUUAUUUAUUCCGACGGGAGUCCUUGAUGCUUAUGUCAGACCCGACCCUACGCCUGUGCGAUCUUCGUCGUCUUAUCGGUCGAUGAAGAAGCCCUCCAACCCUACCACUAUCAACUGGAUAUCGGCAUAGACACUGCAUAAAGUAUUUUUAAAUCAAACUUGUAUAUAACACUCACCUUAUGACAUUCUGCCUGCAACAUACAUCCCUAAUACAAAACAUUCACCCGCAUAUAAACGUUUCAAAAAGGAGGAUUUUAUGAUCAUGUUUUUUUAUAUCUCAAGUUUCAUAACG